CCCGCGGGGAGGCAGGAGGGGUGCGGGGGGCGGGGGCAGUACCGGGAAAGGGGGCGGAUAGCGGGUCCGGCGGCGGCGGCGGCGCCUGGCCAAUGGAGAGGCGCGGCCCUGGGCGCCGCGCACGGCCGCCGGCAUUUAAACGGGAGACGGCGCGAUGCCCCGCACUCGGUGCGCCUUCCGCGGACCGGGCGACCAAGUGUGCAGCGAGAGCCCUAUUCUCUGUCCGGCUGACCCCGCACCAAGCCGGGGCGGCUCGGGCCGCGGCCGCACACCGCGCCCCGCGUCGAGAGCGCAGGCCCGAAAGACCCGCCGCACUGACAGCAUGAGCCGCACGGCCUACACUGUGGGAGCCCUGCUUCUCCUGUUGGGGACCCUGCUGCCCACCGCUGAAGGGAAAAAGAAGGGGUCCCAGGGUGCCAUCCCCCCACCAGACAAGGCCCAGCACAAUGACUCAGAGCAGACUCAGUCUCCCCAGCAGCCCGGCUCCAGGAACCGGGGGCGCGGCCAAGGGCGAGGCACCGCCAUGCCCGGCGAGGAGGUGCUGGAGUCCAGCCAGGAGGCCCUGCAUGUGACUGAGCGCAAAUACCUGAAGCGGGACUGGUGCAAAACCCAGCCGCUGAAGCAGACCAUCCACGAGGAGGGCUGCAACAGCCGCACCAUCAUCAACCGCUUCUGCUAUGGUCAGUGCAACUCCUUCUACAUCCCCAGGCACAUCCGGAAGGAGGAGGGCUCCUUUCAGUCCUGCUCUUUCUGCAAGCCCAAGAAAUUCACCACCAUGAUGGUCACCCUCAACUGCCCCGAACUGCAGCCGCCCACCAAGAAGAAGAGGGUCACUCGAGUCAAGCAGUGUCGAUGCAUAUCCAUCGAUCUGGAUUAAGCUGGGCACACCCAGCCUGUCCUCGGGAUGCAGCCCCAGGCGGGCCCAGAGCCAGACCUAAAACCACCCGAUUCUUACUUGGCUUUAAACCUACAGGCAAGAAGAACCACCAGCUGCCUUCUGACAGGAGCCUGCUAGUGCGUAGUUAGUGUGCGUGAGUGUGCAUGGGUGUCUGUGGGUGUUUGCAGACACCAGAGGAGGGCACUUCGUAGUGUGUAAGCCUUUCCGUUUCCAUGGGGAUGGCCCAGAAAGCCCACACCAGGGAAGGCACAUGAAGAGGGGCAGGGCUGUGGUCUGGUUCUGCCUGUGUAUUACAUGUGCCCUCCCUCCCUGGGGGCCAGAAUCCCCCUCCUGAAUGAAUGUUAACAGAAGAGGCUACUCUGACCGCAAGAGACCUGUUGUAGUGCUGCAUUAUACUCGGCAAAGGUGUUUCCACCUGUGCAUGCUUCCCUUCCACAGCCCAUCCCUUCUUAGGCUCUCAAUGACCGUUUCAAUCUAAUCCCCUAUCUGCUAAGGGCUCUAAAUGAGCUCACUUGACCAUAGAUGCAAAUGUUUCUCAUUUGGAGAAGACUCUUCGGACUCGGAGAGGCUGGUGUGUACAUGGGCAAGAAGGACAUAGGAGUGAGAGAAGGGAGGGAUUGAGGAGGAGGACCAGUUGGGCACAGCAAAGUUCAGGGAGAUGUGCAGGGUCUUGAAAGGCCACUCCCCGAACACGGGGCAACCCCAGGCUUCAGCAAGUCUUUCCCUGCUAUUUAACCGAAACCAAGUGAACGGAGGAGAAAUGGAAUUGCCAAAUCCUCAUUGACCGUGGCCGUCACCAUGAUCUGCUGAAAUUGGCUGUAACCCAACACCAAACUUAAAACAUAAAUAUUGAGCACUCCUAUUUUCAGAACCGAGUGAGCUGAACCAAGACAAAUCCUCCCCCUUCGCCCCUCUCAGGUGGACGGCAGAUGGAGCUCAGACCAGCACCCCCCGCCCCCCCCCCCCCGCCAUCCCCCGCCAGUGCAGGGAUAGGAAGAAAACAAAUGCCUCAUAAGCAGAAGGUCCUAGUAUCUUUCCUUUUGCUUGGUGGUAAUCACCUCUUUCCCAGUCCAUAAUUUCUGUAUAAUGCUUCUGAGAGCCACAACCCUGUAUUCUAAAGAUUUUGCUUCUGCUAAGUGUACCUGGCAGUGAAGAACCAAGGUAAGAGGGGAGAGUUUAGGGCCUGCUCCAUUUUAGCUAGAGGUAGAUUGUGGGUCUUUAUGUUUUAGCCAUUGGUAGGAGAUUGAGCUGGAGAGCAGAGGAAAAGAAGGAAAUAAAGGAGACUGCCUCUGGCUAAGGAGUAAUUUAAUGCUGGGGAGGAGAUAGAAGGGAUGUGUCCUCCUCUUCUUCCUUUGCUUUCUCGGGGUCUAAUGCAAAACCCCAAUUAAGAAAGAGCAUUUGGGUGGUGCAUUAGCCAUGUCUCUACUGGUGGUGGGAUUCGUCUAACAUUGGAACCAUUCAGAACAUACUAGUAGACCCCUCCUCUGAUUAAACCUGGGUAGGGAUUAUCUAAUGGCUGAAGACCAUUAGAUAGUGGGUAGACCUUAACUAUGGUUUGGAUUUGGCUAACCUGUUCUAUUCAAGCCUGAGGUUUUCUAUGUAAACCCAUCCCCACCCCCAAACACUUGUUUUGCCUUGUACCAUCUCAUCCCCAUUAGCCAAGUCAUGUGUAAUUUGGGAACCACUGACUAGCAUUUUAUUUGCCCAGCGAAGCUCCAGCAUUGCACUAAAGAGGCUUGUUGUAUUUUAUUUUAUUUUAUUUUUUUGGUGCAGUACUCUCCCAUCUGACAACUAAGCGGGAACCAUACUUUGAGGCAGAAGUUAAUCUUGAACGCUGAAAAUAUUGGGUCUGAUUUUGAAACUUUUAAAGUCACUACUGAUGAUUCCACACCAGGCAAAUUUGUUCAAACACACAGGCUGUGCAUUUCGUAUACACUGUAUGCCCCUGCCCUAAAACCUUCUAUCUUCCACAUCCUCCAGCAAUAAAGCACAGAAUGGAUUUAAUUAAGCACACAAAUACUAAGCCAGAAUUUUGAGGGCGGGGGAGAGGAAAAGAAAGGGGAAGGAGCUGAACAUGUAAAAACCACACGACAGAGGAAAAAUGACAUUCAGAAUCGGCAGACACUGAAUUUCUCUGGUUGUUUUAACUCUGCCACAAGCAUGCAAUUUUGUUAAAAAGAGAUGACUUAAGUUGGCAGCAGCAAUUUUCUUUUAGUAGCUUGUACCACGGUCUUGCAUGUAAGUCGGAUUUGGCUUAAGUAAAGAGAAUUUCCUCAAAAUUAACUUCACUGGGAUAAUCAGCAGCAUAACUACCCUGAAAAAAAACAGUGUUGGCCGAAGAGGGAGAUGUCUGCUUUUCUGACUGUGCCUAUAUUAAGACUAGCAAAGUAUGGUAUGUCUUCCAACAUUUAUUGAAAGUGCCAUAUCUGUUACAUAUUGUAUUGGAGUCACCGAUGAAGAAAUAUGUUUUUUUCAUUACUAUAGUAGAAUAUUUUUUUAUGGCAAGAUAUUUGUGAUCUCAAUCUUUCCUAUUCAAAUAAUGCCAAACACCAAAUAUGAAUUUUAUGAUGUACGCUUUGUGCUUGGCAUUAAAAGAGAGAAACACACGUCCUGCAAGUCUGUAAGUUGUUUUUUGUUUUUUUUUUUUUUGUUAUUGUAAUUCUUCAAAGUUACAAAUACAAGUGAAAAAUCUGGAGGAAAAGAUAAUUUCCACUGUGUGGAAUGUGAAUACUUAAACAAAAAGUUAUGGUUAUUUAAUGUAAUUAUUAAUUCAAAUCCUUUGGUCACUGUGAUUUCGAGCAUAUUUUUUCUCCUUUAUUUGACUUUUCUCUGAGUUAAGCAAAGAUGAAACUGACACAUUGUAUGUUGUUAGAGGUUUUUUUUAUCAGGUCAGAGGGAAACAAUAAAAUCUUGACACAUCUGAACAUGUGCAACAGAGUCAGGACCUGAGCUUUUGUGUUUUUGUUUUUGUUUUUUAAUUGAAUGUUCCUUAAAGGUUAACAUUUCUAAAUCAAUAUUAAGAAAGAUUUUAAAUGUUAUUUUGGAAGACUUAUGAUGUGUGUAUGCAAAUAGCUGAUAAUAAUGAAUAGUUCAGAAGUCCUUUUAAGGGAGAAGAUCUAAAAUGAAAAAUGUAUGUGCAGAACAUGUAUAAAUGACCAGUCAGUGCUUAAGAGUGGAGGUAGUUCUAUUGAUUUGUCAUUCUCAAGAUAUUUAAUAUCAACUGCAUUAUGUAUAGUGUGUGCUUCAAUCUUUUAAAAACAACAGAGGAUUAUAUGGACUAUGACUGAAUUACUUUGCUAUGUUUGAGGAGGAGAGGGGAUUGGAUGGUCUCAUAAAAACUAAUUUGGUUUAAAGCAAAGUUUUAUGAAUUUGAAACUAGAAUUUGAUUUUGAUCCCAAUUAUGUUCUAUAUAACCUUUCCCAAAGAGCAACCAAUAAAUUGAAACUCUUCUGUG